AUGGCCCCCGACCCAAUCUCCAUCCCCCUCUUCGCUGAAACCCAGCUUCAGCUCCUACUCCAAGAACACGAAGCCGAAGUGUCCUCCUCCUCCCUCGCAUCAACCGCCGCAUCAGUUUCCCCUGCAACAAGAAGAACCCUCCAAGCAACCGGAAACGCGCUCACAGGCCUAAUUCUCUCACAAUGCCGGACCGGUCUUGGAGGUCGCGUGGUGGGUGAAUUCGCUCCCGACCCGGCCAUCGCGUCGACCGAGUCUACGGACGGACAGCCUCGGCUUGGAUCGCAUGGGAUUCGAGUUGGAGAUGUUGUUCGUGUGAAUGACGUAUCUGCUGGGGUGAAGAAAGUGGGCAAGGAUAAAGGCAAAGAUGGGGAAGCGAAGGGACCUGAAGGUGUUGUUACGCGGGUCAGCGACAAGGCCAUUUGGAUUGCAUUUGGGCAGCAAGGGGGUGGGACGCGGUCUAAGGAGGAUGAUGAGGCGAUUGAGGAGCUAUGGAGCAAGAAGUUAUGGGUGAUCAAGCUUGCCAACGAUGUCACGUAUAGACGAAUGAGGCAGACGAUGGAGAAGAUGACCAAGAUGACGGAGGGUGAUUAUACCCAUUUCAUGCGUGUGGCUUUUGGCCAGACGACUCCUUUACAGCCGGAUGAUGCAGAGUCUGUUGAGUUUCUUGAUCCGACACUCAAUGACUCCCAGAAGGAUGCCAUUCGAUUUGCGCUGGGAUCCAAGGAUAUCGCGCUUAUUCAUGGGCCACCUGGUACGGGAAAGACACAUACCUUGAUCGAGCUGAUCAUGCAGUUCGUGCAACGCAAAAAGCGCAUCCUCGUUUGCGGCCCGUCGAACAUUUCUGUGGAUAACAUUGUGGAGCGAUUAGCUCCGAAAAAGAUUCCUGUGGUUCGCAUCGGACAUCCCGCUCGUCUUCUUCCCUCUGUCCUGGAACAUUCUCUUGAAGUCCUGACACAGACAUCUGAUGCAGCCAGUAUCGUGAAAGACGUGCGCAAGGAGAUGGAUGAGAAACAAGCCAGCAUUCGCAAGACCAAGAGUGGUCGAGAAAGAAGAGUGAUAUAUGAUGAUCUGAAACAUCUGCGGAAGGAGUUCCGAGAGCGCGAAUCCAAAUGCGUUGAUAAUCUGGUUCGCGAGAGUAGUGUUGUGCUAGCAACCCUUCAUGGCGCUGGUGGUCACCAACUCAAAAAUCAGAAAUUCGAUAUCGUGAUCAUCGACGAGGCCAGUCAAGCGCUGGAGGCACAAUGUUGGAUCUCGCUAUUAUCAGCUCAAAAAGUGGUACUCGCGGGUGAUCAUUUACAGCUGCCACCCACGGUCAAAUCAACAAAUCACAAGUCCAAGGACACGCCCACGAAGGAGGUACCAGAGGAUAAGGAAAUAUUGAAGGGCUUUUCACUGGAGCGCACAUUAUUCGAUCGAUUGUUAGCGUUACACGGUCCCGGUAUCAAACGCAUGCUGACAACACAGUAUCGCAUGCAUGAGAAGAUCAUGCGAUUCCCGUCAGACGAGCUAUAUGAGGCCAAGCUGAUGGCCGCUGAUUCCGUGAAAGCUCGUCUGUUAGUCGACUUACCAUAUGAAGUGCGCGGCACCGACGAUACCCAAGAGCCCCUCAUCUUCUGGGACACACAAGGAGGCGAUUUCCCCGAAAAGACCGAAGACGCCGAGAUCAGCAAAAGGGACACGCUUCUAGGGGAAAGCAAAUGCAACGAGAUGGAGGCCUUGGUCGUUGCCAGGCAUGUUGAUAACCUGGUGGAUGCAGGUGUCAGACCUGAGGCGAUCGCUGUUAUCACACCUUACAAUGGACAACGGGCACUCCUGUCUCAGAUGCUGCGUGAGAAAUACCCCGGGCUGGAACUGGGCAGCGUGGAUGGAUUCCAAGGACGCGAAAAAGAGGCUGUUGUUGUGAGUCUUGUACGCAGCAAUGAGGAGCAUGAGGUUGGAUUCCUCGGUGAGAAGCGACGUCUUAAUGUUGCCAUGACUCGACCAAAGCGACAUCUUUGUAUUUGUGGAGACUCUGACACUAUUAGUCGAGGAAGCAACUUCUUGAAACACUGGAUGGAUUACUUGGAGGAGCACGCUGACCUACGAUAUCCCGAUGCCGGAGAUUUACUUUAA